AUGAUACCUUUAAUCAAGGUAUUUUCUUUGGCCUUAAGACUCUUUACUCGGCCUCUUUCAAACUAUCUUAAGAUAUCGCUGAAGCACAACGAUAAUCAUCAUCCACUGAUUAGAAACGCUAUUUUGAACUUAGGCCAAUACUCUAACAGGAUCAAUGUAAAAAUUCAAAGAAAAUCUCUGCAAAUGUCAUCUGAAGAGAAUUAUAUAAAGCCCUUACCUGAUGAAAAAGCCUUGGAGCAAGGCUCUGAAUUUUUAGGAGAAAUUGCAGCAUACGGAGUGCUAUUGAUUUGGGGUCUUUAUGAGCUAAAUAAAACUUCUAAUGAAGAGCAAGCUAAAAAGCAAAAGCAAACUGAUCUCAUCUCAAAUAUUAAUGCCAAGAUUGGGGGGUUAAAUGUGCAAUUUGAAUCAAUUCAAAAAGAAAUUCAAAACCUUAAAAACAGAAUUGACUUGGCCAAAGAAGAAACAAGCGAAAAUAAGCUCUAG